AUGCUGCGGUGGAGAGUUCCCCUUCCUCGUGGCGGCAGGUGCUGGUGGUGGUUGCGCCACGGCGCUCGUCUCCCGGCCUGCUCCGACGCGGCGCAGACCUUGCCGGAGCCGCCGCAGAUCGUGGACGCCGCCGUGGAGCCCAACCUCGUCUCGAGGACCAACGACGGUUGGAGUGACUUAAUCAAGCGCUACGAGGGCAUAAAUCAUGGUGAAUAUCUGAAAUUGUUGGCGGAUAUCACAACAUUGAGGCAUGAGCGUGACCACCUAGAGGCCAGCGUGAGGAGGCAGACAGGAGAAGACCUACCGUCCGGCGCAACCGCGGCAGAGCUCCGCGGUCUGGAGCACAAGCUAGAGUGCGCGCUAGGUAAAGUCCGUGAAACGAAGGUAUGCGUG